AUUGUGAAAGGGUACCACCACCAGCUCACAAUGCCACCUCCACUUCCAUUCACCCUAUGACUACUAGAGCAAAAUCAGGGAAGCAUAUUGGACAUGUCCAAACUACUUUUCCUAAGUUUGCUCAUUCUAUGACUACUAAUAAUUAUUCAUUACAUGGUGCAGAAUUGGACAUUUAAGAACCCAAAUCAGUUAAAAAGGCACUACAACUUCCUCACUGGACUAAUGCUAUGAAAGAAGAGCUAGAUGCACUUCACAAGAAUAACACAUGGACAUUAGUGCCUAGGCCCUCAUCACAGACAAAUAUUGUAGGCUCCAAAUGGGUCUUCAAAACAAAGCUUCUCCCCAAUGGAACAGUAGACAGGCUUAAAGCAAGACUAGUAGCACAGGGAUACUCUCAAAUCCCAGGAGUGGAUUUUGAAGAGACUUUUAGCCCUGUUCUCAAGCCCACCACCCUUCGUUUGGUUGUUGCUCUUGCCACAACAAUGUCAUGGCUGUUACGACAAUUAGAUGUGAAAAAUGCAUUUUUACAUGGGAAGCUCAAAGAGGAAGUCUACAUGACCCAACCACCAGUCCUUAGUGCAAGCUCACAGUUUUUGCUGCAACAGAUAAUUGAUCAUCUUGGCAAUCAAUUUGAUUUAAAGGAUCUUAGCCCAGUUAACUACUUUUUGGGGAUUGAGGUCACUGAAUUUUCAGGGGGCAUAUUUUUAUCACAAGCUAAAUAUGCCAAAGAUAUUCUGACUCGAGCCCACAUGUUUGCAGCAGCAUCCAUCGCCACCCCAUUGGCAACAAAGGACACUUCUACUUUAAAGGAUGACGACCUGGUUGAUGCAAAUGAGUACAGAAAGCUUGUUGGUGCAUUACAAUAUUUGACAAUUAUCAGAACUGAUAUUUGUCAUGCUAUGAAUAGAGUUUGUCAGUUCAUGCAACAACCUACAUUUGCUCAUAUGCGACAAGUUAAACAUAUUUUGAGAUACAUAAAAGGAACCAUACACCAUGGACUACGCUUCUCCUCUCACAGCACUCUCUCACUCACAGGGUUUUGUGAUGCCGAUUGGGCCGAUUGCCCAAUUACAAGACGAAGCACCACUGGUUACUGUGUUUUCCUUGGAGCAAAUUGCAUCUCAUGGUCUUCUAAGAAGCAACCUACCAUUGCUCGUUCUAUUGCUGAAGCAAAAUAUUGAGCCUUGGCUACUACUACAGCUGAAAUUCUUUGGGUUACCUAUCUUCUACGUGAUAUUAGGGUUUCACUUCCUUCUCCUCCUCAAAUUUUUCAGAUAAUCUUAGUGCUUUACAUAUGUCUAUCAAUCCUGUGUUUCAUGCUC